AAGGCCCGCCCCUUCUCAUUUCCCCCCUGGGCUCGCCGCCGAAGGCGGGGCGGAGGAUCUGGAGUGGCCCAGGGCCUGGCAAUUGCACAGCCCGCCUGGUGCCUGGGGCAGCCCUGGCGGCAGCCCUCGGCCCCCGCCGAGGCAGCGCGCCCCGCACGGCCGCGCGUGGCGGCGCUGCGGGCCGCCGAGCAGCGGUCCCCCUGCCGAGCCAAGGACUUGUCCCUCGGACGGCGCCCGCUGACUCUGCAGGCAGCGAUGGCUCUUUGGACGGAGGUCUGCCUGCUGGCUGGCGGUGAUUGUUUCACCGCUCCGCAGCGUGCCAAUGCUGGGCGCCCCGAUUGCCGCAGGGCGCGCGAGAGAUGCGCGAGGCCACGUGGCUGGCAGGCAGGAGCCGCGUAUCACAGCGGUAAGGACCGCCGUGCUGGAGGACCGGUGGCCACGGACUGCGCCGCAGACCGCUCUGAGAACCCGUGA